AUGGAAACAUCAUAUCCGUGUACAUGUAAAUUAAAUGAGUCUGUGGAUGCAGCACCUCAAUCUGUAGAAUUAAAGCCUGGAGAGUAUUUAGUCGAACUUUGGGGUGCAAGCGGAGGAUGUAAUACGAAACAACGAAGCGGUAAAGGAGCAUAUGUAUGGAUUCGUCUAAAUCUCGUUGAAUCGAAAAAUUUUACGAUCUUUGUAGCCAGAACUUCGACUUAUUCUAAUAUAACUAUGGUAAAAGGCGGUUGUAACGGUGGUGGUGAUUCACACCAAGGAACAUUCAAUGAUGGUGAGUCUCUGAUAGCCGGCGGUGGUGGUGGAUCUACUUCAAUAGGUCUGUCACUUUUGGACUCCGAUAGAAUUGCUGUUGCCGCUGGUGGUGGGGGUUGUGGGAAUGACUACAAUGGUGGCAACGCAGGUGGGUUAGUUGGCUUUGAUGGGAUAUCACGCACGGGGACUGAACAUAGACGAGGCGCAAGCCAAGAAGGCUCAGGAAUGGGAGGUUAUUAUGGGGGUUAUAGAGCAGAAAAUGGAAAAGUUAAAAAAGGAGGGAAAGGAACAGGAGUAGGUUUCAAUGGUGGUGGUGGUGGAGGGGGAUAUUAUGGAGGAGGUGGGGCAUAUGAGGCAGGUGGUGGUGGCGGAUCUUCGUAUAAAAAGUCAGGUUAUUAUGUUCGAAUUCAAAGUGGAUCAGAAACAUUUCGUUCUCCUAGUGGAAAUGAAGAAACAGGCCACUACGGCAAUGGCUUUGCACGAAUCAAAUUCCUCUCAUACCCAUAUGCAUUUAGUAUUAUUAACGAUAUUGAUUUUCAAUUCAGCAUCUUAUUUUUUAUAGUGUAUAAAUAUUGA